CGAGAUUCCUAAGGGGUGGCAAACCGUCGCGCUUUGCUUUUGCCGCUACUGACAACCUUCUCGCCCAAUACCAUACUACCACAUUGCCCAGACGAACACGGGAAUAGAAGUACCUUCAAUCGCGUCGGUAGUCAUGCAAGAUGCAUGUACUGGAGGUGCUUGCCUGGGACCAGGCCGCACGUGGGAGUCUCGAAAAGCCAUCCGCGGCGAGGGCAGGCGCGAGCAGCAAUUCUACCGAUACUAUGGCCCCUUCCGGCAGAUGUCUGACUAUGGUCCCCAAUAUUGCGACGUGCGCAACCCCGAGGCGAGAGAGAGACAUAAAGCCGUCUCAUGCCCGGACAAGAUCCUUACAGCAUUUUGCCAGCUGGGUGCUAUGAGAUUGAGGGCUCGCCGUUGUUUGAUCUUCUUCUUCGAUGUCAAUCAUGCCUACAUCAUGGCCGAGGCGACUCAAACGCUAUCACUCGUAGAUGAUGCGAUCCACGAACCCGGAGAUGAGAUAUGGAUGGGUCACUCUAUCAUUCCCCGCGACGUUGCCUGUUGCGAGACGACCGUCAACCUUCCCUCGUUUCCCAUCUCCAGUGCUGUAGACGGCGACAUCCGAAAGAGCGCCUUCGUAGUAAACGACUUGACCAAGCACCCGGACCUCUCCACCCGGCCGUACGUUACUGGCUUUCCCAACGGCCGCUUCUACGCUGGUGUGCCCAUUACGACACCAUCUGGAGUCAACAUCGGUGCAUACUGUAUCCUUGAUGACAAAGUCCGAGAUGGAAUCUCUAAGAAAGAUCUUAGCUUCUUGGGCGACAUGUCGCAAACUGUUGUGAACCACCUCGAAUCUGUGCGGGCUCUCUCAGAACGGCAACAAACCAAUCGUAUGGUGGCUGGGCUUGGAGAUUUCGUUCGAGGAACUUCGAGCGCCGCUCGUAAAGCGUCACCCGCAACUAAUGUGUCUGUGAAGAACGGCGGCGUCGUAGUUCAGGAAGCCUGCACUGCUCAGUAUCGCUCGCCCGAUGCAUUGGUGGAUCCUACAAGUGCUCCCGCUAUGAUGCCUUCGCAGUCGGUAGUAGCACCCUUCCCUACACAGUAUGAACACAGCCCAUCGACCGGCGACGCUCAGGUAUCAGAGAAACCCACUCCUCAUCAUCAUCAUCAGCGAUCCAGCGACUACAGUGAAGCUCCCCGUCCGACCGAUCGGAAACAUACGUUACUCGAGCCACAUGUGCGGGCAGACACCAUGAAAACACCAAGACAUGUUGCUUCUCUGAAAGAAAGCUUCACAAAUCAUCCACAGCUUCGCCGGCGAGACGACGCUGACGAUCCAAAUAGUACGUAUCAACGUGCUGCGGAAAUUCUUUGCCAAUCACUCGAACUAGACGGUGUCGCCUUCCUCGACGCCUCGGUCCGAGCAUUUGGUGGGCUGAGCGAACCACAGAAUACAGAGUCCACUGAGGGGAGUAACGCCGAUAGCGAUGAUUCGACAGUCGCCCUUCCACUUUCAGAUCCUGCAGAUGAGUCACGAACCGAACAUGCAACCGCCUGCCAGGUGCUGGGCUUUGCGCAAACAACGCGAAACCGCACCAUGGAGACAAGACAUCCGACGGGCGAGCCUACCGCAAGAUUGACCGAAUCAUUCUUACGCAGGCUCAUGCGUCGGAAUCCGCAAGGAAGAAUCUGGAAGUUUGAUGAAGACUUCAGAAUCUAUUCUGAAGAAGACGUUUCUUCGGACGAGUCUGGAGCCGGUGUCAGUGCAGAGAGAAUACGAUCAUCAAGCAACGAACAGCGCAAAGCCUAUCAUCAAGAUCGACGGAAUGAUGGCGACCUCUUGCAGCGAGUAUUCCCGGGAUCUCGUUGCAUAGCACUUAAUGGGAUCUGGGACUACACAAAAAAACGGUGGGCGAUCGCGGGACUGUAUUGGAGUUGCGAUCCACUCAGAAACAUCGCUAAAGACACAGAGAUGCAAUUCGUCGAUGCGUUCUGUGACAUUAUUGUUGCGGAAACCAAACGUCUGGAGGUACUGGGCACCGACAAAGCGAAGUCAGACUUCAUUUCGACUGUAUCUCAUGAACUUCGCUCUCCACUACAUGGCAUAUUGGGCUCGUGCGAGUUACUAUCGGACCACUUGUUAGACGAUACAGCGAAGUCCUUUGUGGAACAAAUAAACUCAUGCGGACGCACCCUGCUCGAAAUCAUCGAACACCUUCUCGAUUUUGCAGAUCUCAAGAGCCGGCGUUUGAGAAAGGGUGCUGUGAAGAGUUCAAACAUCAGCCAAAAGCUCCUUUCACCAACCACAAGCUCUACUACUGACGAUCUGAAAGCGCUAGACGUGAGCAUAGCUCUCGAUGACUUGACUGAGGAUACUGUUGUAUCGACCGUCCACUCCUUCUAUUACGGCAAAAACGCUAAAGACUACACUCGUCCCCCGGUCAUUCUCGACAUUGAUCGAUCCGACGGUAGGCCUUGGCAUUGCAGCUUAGCCACAGGUGGCUGGAAACGCGUUUGCAUCAAUCUCGUUACCAAUGCACUCAAAUACACGCCUUCUGGACAUAUUCGGGUUGCUUUGAGGCAAGAGCCGAAACGAGGAUCACGACGACGAUUCGACGCUGUGCUCACUGUGUCCGACACCGGAAAGGGCAUGUCGAAGAAGUUCCAGAGCGACCGUCUGUUCCAUGACUUUGCCCAGGAGGACACAUUGUCCGAUGGUCUGGGCCUAGGUAUGCACAUAGUCUCGAGGAUAGUGUAUGCGAUGGGUGGUAGUAUCGAAGUCGUGAGCGAUCAAGAUGGCACAGGUACCUGCUUCACUGUACGUGUGCCGCUCGAGGAUCACCAGAACAGCGAGCGUCGCAGUGAGGCUUCGAACGGAAGAGGCGUUACCUCGAAGGCCUUCGAAGGCACGAAGGUUGGUCUUGUCACGGAAUUACAUUCUUCCGCCAAUGGUCCAACGGAAGCGGCUUCUGGGUUAGCCGUCUCUUCUAUCGAAAAUAUUCUAAACUCCUUGAGCAUACAGUCUGCGCGAUUUAGGUGGCAAAGUGGCAUUUCAUACGAUCUCAUAAUUGUUAUGGAAGCCAACGUUAAUAACUACCUUGCGACUCUCCGGAAGAACGCGACUACAGAUGAUGGGGCUGCAAAAAACAAGGAAGAAUUUGCGCCCGUCAUCGUUGUGUGCAACAACAGUCCGAGUGCACAGCUGCUUCGGGAUCGGUGGGCAAUGGACGAGCUGCAGUCUCAUGUCACGAUGGAACACAUCGCUCUGCCUUGUGGCAUUAAACAGAUGAGUCGAACGUUAUCGUCCAUUCAGCGCUUGCACAAGAAGCGUACGAUGACAGUCUCAGAGACGCCAAAGGCCCACAAAGGACUCAGGAAUGAUCGUCCAGCGAAUGGAGUUGCACAGCAUGACGCCAGGACUUAUCAUCAACUCCCAAUACAAUGUCUUGCUCCUCUAUCGGCUACAACAAAGAUUCCCGCCCAAGUACAGUUCGAGGCUGCCUCAGUAGAAUCAUCGGCUGAGGACACACACGCGCUUCCAGUGAGAUCGUUGCCGACAGAAGUCCAACCGCUACACUCGCCGAGUCGCCAUAUAUUGGACCCCCAAGCGCUUUCGUGUACACCAUCUGUCAGGACCCCGAUGCCUGUAUCCUCCUCGAUCGAGGUACCUGUCGCACCCGUGGUGGGUCCUAUAGCCAAUAUUCCGACUUUGCUUCUAGUUGACGACAACAACGUCAAUCUCAGGCUCCUUGCUGCCUUUGCCAAGAAGCACAAAUACCCUCAUCUUACCGCUCAAGAUGGUCAGCUUGCUGUCGACACAUUUGUGAACGCUCACAGAAGUUUUGCGUCACAACCAGGCACUGGAAUGCACGCGGUCGACACGAGAACAACCCGCGUACCGAAUGUGAUCCUUAUGGAUAUCAACAUGCCAGUAAUGGAUGGUUACGAGGCUGUUCAACGGAUCCGAUCUUACGAGAAGAUGAAUCACAUGACGGCAUCGAAGAUCAUCGCUGUCACUGCACUGCAAUCAGAAGCAGCACGGGCUGAAGCGUACGGCAGCGGCUUCAACAUGUUUCUUAGCAAGCCGAUCAAAUUGCAAGAUCUAGCGAAGCUCAUUCUUCUUGUGCGGGAGUAGAAAUGCCAAUUACUAGGUAAUUUGUAAUACAUAGAAGUCAUGCCACGUGUUGGACAGAAGGCCCACUGAAUUCGUCUUCUUUAUCCAGUGCUCCGCUAAUCUUUCAAGCUUCGCAAGUCCUCAUAAUGCAGCGCAUGUCC